AUGAACGAGACGACAGUCGGAGUUGGAAAAAUGUAUGAAGAGUUUCGAAUCACACAGCUUGUGAAUGAAACUCUAACUACUGUUAUCGAAAAAGUGCAAACCAAUCAUGAAAAAAUUUCUACUAAAGCAAAGCCGAGACCUUUGAGUGCAAUUAACGAGGAAAUUCGUGAAUACGAUCAAUUGAGCAGAGAACUUGAAAAAGAUUACCGAAGGAGUAUGCGAAUUGUUGAUGAUGAUUUCGAAUUGGCCAGGACCCAUUGGAUCCAAUUACAAAAAUCGAAUAAACAGGGGUUGGCAAUUCGGGGAUGCUUCCUAACAAUGUUAGAAAAGUAUCCACAAGUUCGUCCAAUUUGGGGGUUUGGAAAAAGAAUUGAGGGAAGGGGUGAUGAGACAUGGAAGCCUGAGAUCGUGGAGGAUUUUUAUUUUAGACAUCAUUGCGCAUCCCUCCAGGCAGCUUUGAAUAUGAUAAUUCAAAACAAAGACGACAAAAGUGGAAUGCGGCGGAUGCUCAACGAAAUGGGAGCUCAUCACUUUUUCUACGAUGCAUGUGAACCACAUUUUGAAGUUUUUCAAGACAGUCUCCUAGAAUCAAUGAAGCUUGUAUUAAAUGGUGGUGACUCGUUGGAUGAUGAUAUUGAGCAAUCUUGGAUUUGUCUGCUCCAAACAAUCCGACUACAUAUGGGAGAAGGAAUCGAAAUUCAAAGAGCCAACUAUCUAACGCAAUGCUUGAUUCCAAAAGAAAUGGAAGAAGUACGUGCGAAUUGGAUGCAAGUCGAAAAUUACGGGUUUCGAAAAGCCGGGCUUUUAUUGUGUCAAUCAGCUUUUGACAACUACUCGGAACUUUUGAAAACUCAUAAUUUAUCAAUGACUCUUCCAAUUGAAGCAAACAAGACUAGUGAUAGUUUUGUUGCAUUAUCAGAUCAAAUUAUGCAGGCACUGGACAAAACAAUACAAUCCUACACUCCCGAAGAAGGAUUCUUGAAUUUAAUUCAAGAAAUUAAAGACUUUGUGAUAAAGUUCUUAGUCGUUGAAGUAUGCCCUCCGCUUAUUCGGAAAUCUUUUAUCGAUGGAUUAAUCCACAUGCUUUGUAAAAUAUUAAGCAUCAAGCAUGUUAAGGAAGAUUUUUUGCACAUUUGGAAAAAAGUGUAUCGUGUCAUGGAACAGGCAAUGGUUGCAAAUAUCGUAGAGUAUUAGUGCACGUUAAUUCAAAUUUUUAAUAAGCGAA